UUUUUUUUUUUUUUCAAAAUUUCAGGUGGGAUCUCACUCGAGCAAAACGACGCCGUACGAACAUGUCAUGGCUGGCUCGCUCCAUCGCCAAUUCCCUCCGCCUCGACGGCGAAGAUGAAGGUGGGCCCGACGAGGAGGACGGGGCCACGUACGACGUGGUUCCUCCAGAAGAUCCGCCGCGCAACAUUGCACUCUCCGCCGGAGAUCGUCGGUCGUCGAGCGACGGCGGCGGACGCAGCAGCUUCGGGGAGGACGAAGAUGUCUACGGAGAUGAUGAUCGGCGUGGAGUGAAGGAUGAUUUAUCGGAAUUGAAGGACAGCCUUGCGCGUCAACUCUGGGGCGUCGCCUCGUUUCUCGCUCCUCCGCCCCCUCCCCCUCCUCCGCCGCCGUUAUUUCCGAGGUCAGGUUAUGAAUCGGUGGCGCGUGGCGGCGGAGAGACUGGCCAAUUUGGGCAGCCGGAGGAGGAUUAUCAUCCAGAUGUUGUGGAGGGCGCAAUUGGGAUUACUGAGGAAGUUUUAGCCUUCGCAAAGGAUAUCGCGCAUCACCCAGAGACGUGGUUGGAUUUUCCGUUAUCGGAGGAAGAGGAAUUUGACGAUUUCGAUAUAUCAGAUGCACAGUUCAAGCAUGCAUUGGCAGUCGAACAUCUAGCCCCAAGAUUAGCUGCUCUAAGAAUCGAGCUUUGUCCAGUUCACAUGAGUGAGGGAUACUUUUGGAUGGUCUAUUUUGUGCUUUUGCAUUCAAGGUUAAAUAAACAUGAUGCUGAUUUAUUGUCCUCAUCACAGAUGAUAAAUCUUAGAGCUGAUUUCAUAUUGAUCUUCUGUGAGGAAAAUGAACAAGAGAUUAAUUUAACCCAGCUUGCCCAAGCAAGAAUUAUGUGGAUGCAUGAAUUAGAGAAAAGGACCAAGGAGGAGUUGCCCGAGCUAAGUCUGAGUACCGAACCUUUAUACUCACCUCAUCAAAACUCCAUCAUGCACUCUGACAAUGAAUGUAACGAUCGAUUUGGAAAUGACCCCAAACAAGUCACACCAGUUGAAAAACACGAAGUUGAAUUUAUUGACAAAUCUGUGAUUAAAGAGGAUUUAGCACCCGAACUUCAUGAGAAAGAGAUGAUCGUGAGUUCAACUUCAUUAACCGCACAGGAUUAUGAUCAUGAUGAUGAUGAUUGGUUGAAGGAUGUAUCUGACUUUAUUGGUUAUUCGGACAAGUCGGUCAUGGGAAAUGAAGAAGAUAUAUCGUUUAGUGACCUGGAGGACGAUUUAGAUCAUACGAUGCCUGUAAAAUACAAUAUACCCAAUAUACCCCCCUUCUGAAUGGAAUACUUCACGAGUUUCGAUACAUGGACUGGAAAUGAGGACUUGUAUUGGAUUUUUCCAGGUCCAAAGUGUCUGGACUCGAUUUUUUUUUUUUUUUCGACUCGAGCGUGCUUUGGUCUUUAGCAAGAGUUAUAUUAUUACUAUAAUCGUGGGUUUGAAGGUUGCCAUUUUUUCGAAUUUGUGGUAAAUGCAGAGUCAACCGACACUGUUGUUUGUUUAUUACAGGACACGACUGAUCAAAGUUGAAGAAUUUUGGUGGGUCGAAUAUUUUAUCACUUGGGCCGAGAAGGAACUCUCGGUUCGUUAUUUCUGUUUGUACCUAUAUUUUAUCUUCCUGUACUUUUAAUUUUUUGAAUUCCCAUGAGGCUGCAGGUCGCCAUUACUGUAGACGGAGAAAACCAAAGGGCGGGUUUUAUGAAUACUUUUACUUGAAAAUGUACAUGAGACAGGAAAUUAUCAAGUAUUGGUUGGUCAAUGCAUAUUGUCUGCUUGGAAAUGGAUGUGAAUUUGAUGAAAUCAG